CGGAACAGUCCGAGCGGAGCGGACCGGCGCGGCGCGGCGGCCUCCGCACCUCAGCAGCCGCUGAGCGCCCGCCCGCUCGCCCGCCCGCCCGCGCGCGGUCGCGUCACCGCCCCGCCCCCGGCCCCGCCCGCCCCGGCCAGGCCCAGCCGCGAGCUGCGGGUCGUACCCUGGGCCUGGGUGUCUUCUGCAAGCGGAGCGAGCCGGGCGGCUGCCGCGUGCCAAGGGUCCCGGGGUGCGGGAGGCCGCAGAGACGCCGGCGGGAACGUGCCACCGCCCGUCGCGGGAGGACUGUCCUGUAUGCCACCUGGAGCAGAUUGCACUGGCUCGGGGACGCGGCUGGAGGAGGCCAGAUCCCAUGGCCGGAAGUUAUGGUAUGAUGGCUGACGACGGUUCUAUUGACUACACAGUCCAUGAAGCCUGGAACGAAGCCACCAAUGUUUACUUGAUAGUUAUCCUUGUUAGCUUUGGUCUCUUCAUGUAUGCCAAGAGGAAUAAGAGGAAGAUUAUGAGAAUAUUCAGCGUGCCUCCUGCAGGAGAGAUGCUGUCAGAACCCAGCUUUUAUGACACAAUGAACAGAAUCCGCUUAAGACAGCAGGUGGAGGCUCAUCCCGUUUCAAGAAAGUACGAGUAUCAACAGCCACAAAGCCAGGCUGACAGCGUGCAGCUCUCGUUGGAGUGAAACUUGAGAUUGAGCAACAGGAGUGAAUGUGGUGCAGAAGGAGAAACAAGCUCUCCACCUCUGUAAAACAGGAGCUGCAGUUAGGAAACCCGCAGAGAAGCUCAUCCCGCUGUGCCCUCCCCAAGCCUGCAUGAGUGCAGACAUGCUCAGAAGGAAGUGCUUUGUGACUAGAGAAGGGGACUCUCCCUGUUGAGGAUCAACAGUGUCUCCAGGAUACAGUGGAACCUUCGACAUGUCUUUGGAAGCAAGAAUCCUAGAGUUACUGUCCUUUAGAGUAAUCUUACAGAGUUAGAACUUGAAAUCCUGGCUGUUGGGGUAGUUUGCUGUUAGGAUGUGGUCUGUGAAGAUAUUUAACACUGGUAGCAGUCUAAUCUGUGUUGCUUCCACGACUGUCACUGGCUCCUUGAGUGACCUUACUGCAAGACUUGUAUGACACCAAGGUCCUUGUAGUCUCUGCUACAUCAGGAAGCACAUCCCAUCCCCUACUUGUGGAUACCUUGUGUAACUGGCUUUGUCUCCCUUUAAUUGUAUUCCCAAAAGUUGUUAUUUUGUUUCUGAUGCCAGAUUCCCCUGGUCUCCUUAGGGCUCCUUGAGGACAAGCUGUUAGACAAGGAGACGUCUCUGUCUUGCUGUUGGCCCCUUACUUUCCGUGGUUUCCCUGUCGCUGUUGACGGUUACAGCAGUGUCUUCUGCUGCUUAAAGCUUUGUGAAAGCCCA